AUGUCUCCCACCUGCGAGGUGAGCGAGACUCUUCACGCCAGAAAUUCUCAAGAAUGGAAGCGAAUGUGCGCGCCCCGGGUUCUCGUUGCAAAAGGCGCAGUGAGACGACGUGGGAAUCGGGUUCAACCAAUCGAGAAUGCUACCCCCUACCCCACCAUUCCACGUAGCUGGAUCACCAAGCAUGCCAAUUCCUGCUGCACUCUUAUUUUCUCUGAAGAUGACCUCCUGUACAAGUCCGAAACCUCCGACUUAACAGGCGCUGUUCCAGUGAUCGCAACCUCCUCUUCUCUGCAACAAGAAUCUGGGGCUUGCAUGCCCGUUUCCAUUAUUAUUAUUGUUUCUUGA